UUGUGGUCUCAACACGAGAAGGCACGAGAGGCCCAAGUUAAGCAAAGAGCCUCAAUUCUUAGCACCGAACUGACCAAGUCGACAGUCAUGUUGUUCGUCUCAUAGGCUGGACGUCCCCGCAUGUGACUUUUGCAUACUCUCUGUCAUACCACCUCGAUUGUUUUGUACGAAUUGUGAUCCGGAUCGUCCGUCUCUAAGCUCUUGCCUGCUCGUUCCUGGCCAUCUACACUGCCCGCAUACAGGAUACGGCACUUCAACCUAUCCCGGGACCGUCUUGUACACCAUCACGUCGAUAGCGUCUCGGUCAAUAAUACAGCUUCCUCCUCCGAUCCUGGCAAGAGGUUCGGCGGCAGCAUCUGGAAGUGCUUCUUCAUUGGAUAUCACCCUUUAGACUCACAUGCUGCAUCCCGUCAACGUUUCGCCUGCAAACGUCACCCCUCGGAUCCGAGUUGGGAACAAGCCAGCCGACGAACCACGUCUGCAAGGUGGCUGACUGUCGCGUCGUCGUUGCAUCUCAAGAGAGAGGCAUCCACAUAAUACUGAACCAUGUCGUCGGGAGAAGCCCAGCUCCCACCCCCACCGAGGGCAGUUCCUCCACCCGCACCCGAACCCGACCCCAUGGCAGCGAUGAAGCUUACCAGGGGGACCUCGUGUGUGCUGUGCCAGCAACGAAAAGUCCGCUGCGACAAGAACAAGCCGUGUGCCAACUGCGUCAAGGCCAGGGUAGAGUGUCGAGUAAUACCACCACAGCCGCCAAGAAGGCGCAAGAAACGUCUUCAGGAACGCGAUCUCGUCGACCGCCUCAAAAAGUACGAAUCCCUCUUGGCGGAGAAUGGCGUCAAGUUCGACCCCAUCGCCGCCGAGCUCAAGGCCGGCGAUAGGAACUCGACACACCUUGACGAUGACCACAUGCUCGACGAGGAUGCCGACCUCGCGAACGACUUUGAGGGGCUAAAGACCUCGCCCGAGGGGAGCACAUCCCCUUCCGUGGCAGGGAGUCGGAGAUCACAAUCCGAUAAGCCAUUUAGCAAAUGGUUUCCCUUUCACAAAGAGUUUCGAGCUAGCGAGGAGCUGUUGCGAGACUCGUCAGAAGACGAGGUUGACGGCUCAACCAUCCAUCACGCCUUUGACAAGAUGUACGACAACCAGGACGGCUUUCCAUUCAUCGUGGGAAGCCGAAACGCCUCCGUGACGCAUCUCCACCCAUCACCUAUCCAAAUCUUUCAACUGUGGCAAAUCUACAUUAACAACGUCAACCCCUUACUCAAAAUAACGCAUGUGCCAACGGUACAGGGCCUCAUCAUCGAGGCCAGCGCCAACCUCGAAAAGAUCCCAAAGAGCGUCGAGACGCUCAUGUUUGCCAUUUACCUCAUGGCAGUCACCUCCAUGGAAGACGUGGACGUGGCAAAGAUGUUCAACGAGCCAAAGCCUACCGUCCUGUCCAGGUUCCACACCGCGCUUCAGCAAGCCUUGGUCAACGCGGGCUUCAUGCGGACCAGUGAUACGAUGGUCCUCCAGGCCUAUAUGCUCUACUUGAUCGCCGUUCGCAUGUUUGUCGACCCGCGGCAAAUAUUCUGUCUCGUCGGUAUCGCCGUGAGGAUAGCCCAACGGAUGGGCCUCCACCGCGACGCCGCCGCCUUCGGCCUAUCGCCGUACGAAGUCGAGCAACGCCGGCGGCUGUGGUGGACCAUUGUAGGCUACGACCGCCGGAUAGGAGAGAUGACGGGGUCGACCGUGACGGCACUGUCCACCGCCGCCGACUGCAAGCUGCCCCUCAACAUCAACGACACAGACCUCCACGUCAACGGCAAGGACGCCCCGACCCCGCACCAGGGCGUGACGGAGAUGCUCUUCGUCCUCAUCCGGACAGAGCUGGCCAUGGCCAUCAGCAGCGACACCUUGCGCGACGGCCAACGCCACGGAGACAAGGAUAAGGACGCCGGUGGCGGCGGAGGCACCGGCACCAGUACCGGCCCCCAAGCACCGCCGCGUCCCAUCUCAACGGUGCGCAUGGCCGGCCAGGACCAAGUCUACACCCUCGACGGCUUCUUCGCGCACAUUGAAGGCACGUACCUCAAAUGGUGCGACCCCAAGAUCCCACUACACUUCUUCACUCUCACCAUGACGCGGCAAUCGCUCUGCAAGAUGCGCGUCAUCUCGUUCCUCGUGCGCAUGGGCAACGGCGAGGCGACGACGCUGGCGGAGCACGAGCGCGACACGCUCUUCCUCGAGGCCGUCCAGAUGAUCGAGUACGACAACGUCGUCCAGGCCGCCGACAGCCUAGGGGGAUACAAGUGGUACACGUACCUCCACUUCCCGUUCCCCGCGUACAUGUUCUUGGUGACGGAGCUGCGGCACAGGUUGACGGGCACCAUGGUCGAGCGCGCGUGGGACGCCAUCGCCGAGAACCACGAGCGGAGGGGUCUGAUGAGCACGCUGCACAGUCCCAUGCACAUUGCGUUUGGCAACCUAUUCAUCAAGGCGUGGGACGCGCACGCGGCUGGGCAGGAGCAGAUUGGGAAGAAGCCGAUGCAGGAGCCCAUGUGGAUCACGAGGCUUCGGCAGCGCGCGGAGAAGAUGGGGAAGAAGCAGCACGGGGGCGGGAGUGGGGGCGGACGCCGGCCCGGGCCGGAGAUGGGCAUGGGCGGGCCCAGCGUCGGUGUUCCACCGGGCGGCGGUGUCUCGCAGCAGGCGGGUGGUGUGGGUCGGGCGGCGCCGGUGAACAACAGCGCGUCGCAGCUCCCGAUGCAACAGAUUCCGCAAAACAUGAUGAUGACGCCGCCGUCCGUGACGGCGGGCACGCCGGUGAUGAACCCGCCCCCGUCCGAGGCCGACGUCAUCGAUAUGGAUUGGAGCUACCUGAUGCAAGGAUACGACAUGGACACGUACGGGGCCUUUGGAGGCGGUUUCGGGGGGUUUCCCAUGGGCGGGAACGGCAUGGUUGGCGGUGGACCCGGCAUGAUGGGCAACGCGGACGGUAACAACAUGUUUGGAAAUUAGGGGGUCUAUCUAAGUAUCUGGGGUCUUUCUACCUGGACCUUAAACCAUCUUUAUUACGAUGUAAUGAAUUCAAACGUGCCAGCGAACAGCACUUGUACUUUUUUAGCAGC